GUUUAGGAAAUAAAAGCCAGUUAAAACCUCGAUUGUAAAAAUCUGAAAUGAAUUUAUUAAUCGAUACAUACUAGCAUCGGUGAAAAGAUGGCGGUCGAAAUCGAAUCUGCAGAUGUUGUGAGACUGAUUGAACAAUACCUGAAAGAAAACAACUUGCUGAGGACUUUAUCCACACUACAGGAGGAGAGUGGGAUUUCGCUGAACACGGUCGACUCCGUUGAUGGGUUUAUCAGCGACAUUAACAGUGGCCACUGGGACACAGUCCUGCAGGCUAUACAGACCCUCAAGUUACCUGACAAUAAACUCAUAGAUCUGUAUGAACAGAUUGUUUUGGAGCUUAUUGAGUUGCGAGAACUGGGAGCUGCUCGUUCUCUGUUGCGUCAGACAGACCCGAUGAUAAUGUUAAAACACAACCAGCCAGACCGCUACAUCCAUCUGGAGAACAUGUUAGCACGGUCGUACUUCGAUCCCAGAGAGGCUUAUCCUGAAGGACAGACAAAAGAGAAACGAAGGAACGCCAUAGCGACAGCGUUGUCAGGGGAGGUGAACGUGGUCCCCCCGUCUCGUCUUCUCGCCUUGCUGGGACAGGCCCUGAAGUGGCAGCAGCAUCAAGGACUAUUACCCCCAGGUACGACAAUUGAUGUUUUCCGUGGUAAGGCUGCCGUCAAGGAGCAGGAGGAGGAGAAGUACCCCACCCAGUUGAGUAAGACCAUCAAGUUUGGUCAGAAGGCCCACGUGGAAUGUGCUCGGUUCUCCCCGGACGGUCAGUACCUGGUGACGGGAUCGGUCGACGGGUUUAUCGAGGUGUGGAACUUCACAACGGGCAAGAUUAGAAAGGAUCUUCGAUACCAAGCCCAGGACAACUUUAUGCUAAUGGAUGAUGCCGUUCUCUGUAUGGCAUUCAGUAGAGACUCGGAAAUGUUGGCCACCGGUGCUCAGGAUGGCAAGAUAAAGAUAUGGAAGAUCAUCACAGGCCAGUGUUUGCGGAAGUUUGAGAAAUCUCACAGCAAGGGCGUCACGUGUAUCACGUUCGCUAAAGAUAACAGCCAGCUGCUGAGUGCAUCCUUCGACCAAACCAUCAGAAUUCACGGACUAAAGUCUGGGAAAACGCUGAAAGAAUUCCGAGGUCACACUUCAUUUGUGAAUGACUCCAUUUUUACACAAGAUGGCCACCAUGUUAUCAGUGCCAGUUCGGACGGCACCAUAAAGAUCUGGAACGUGAAGAGUACGGAAUGUCAGAGCACGUUCAAGUCGCUGGGCGGUCAGGCAGGGACGGACAUCACAGUUCAUAGCGUCCACUUGUUGCCGAGAAACGUGGAGCAGUUUGUUGUGUGUAACCGAUCUAACACCAUCGUCAUUAUGAACCUCCAGGGCCAGAUUGUUCGUAGUUUCUCCAGUGGUAAGAGAGAGGGUGGAGAUUUCGUGUGCGCGACAGUGUCUACACGAGGGGAGUGGAUCUACUGUGUCGGGGAGGACAUGGUGUUGUACUGUUUCAGUGUGUCCACGGGCAAGCUAGAGAGAACGUUAACGGUUCAUGAGAAAGAAGUGAUAGGGAUCGCCCAACAUCCGCACCAGAACCUCCUCGCGACGUACUCUGAAGACGGAUUCUUAAAACUGUGGAAACCUUAAACAAAACAAAUCAUCUUUGCUCAUCCAUGAAACAUGGAGCGAUCUUCAUUUGCAGUUUCAUUGUUGAAGACACUGUCAGUGUGCUGCCAUUGUUAAGUUGUGUUUUGACUAACGGAACCUUUUUAACAGCUAAAAUUACAAAUUAAAUACAUUUUGUUUGGAAUAUCAGUUGCUUUGAUUUAUCAAUUUAUGUUAAGUCCUCUAUAAAACACAAACAUUUAAUUUUGUAGCUGAAAAUUAUAUAAUCAUUUCUUUAGGUGUUCUGUUUAAUUUCAUGUUUGAACACAACCACCACCCCGAAAAAAUAAAAUAAAAUAAAAUAAAUAAUAAUAAUUAUUAUUAUAAAAAAUAAAAAAUCUUAAUAAAUAAAAUUACAUUUGAGUUGUUAGAAACCAGAAACACAUUGAAUAUACAGACACUGAUAUUCCAAACAAGAAAAUAUACUUGUGUUAGAAACGCUUUUAUAGUCAGAAACAUCUUUCAAUAACAUCCAACUCGGAACAGUGUCUUUAAUGGAAAUCGCAGACCCCUCCGGCAAUUUUAUGGUGGCUAAAGAUUUGAACAUAAAAUUAUCUAAUUUUCUGAGCAGGGGUCUGCUUUCUAUCCAACACCCAAGAAACGAAUCUGUUUAAAUAAAACAGUGGAAGAAUCAUACCCCAAUAUAUUCCAGUUAUCCAAUGUUCUUCGACAUUACAAGAGAGAAGAAAAAACAUGGUGUAUGAUGAAAUAAUUUUUAUUUUGUGUAUCGACAUUUGACUGUAUUAAAACAAACAAGUUUUACCGUAAUGUUGUUUUGCGUGUUUUUUUAAUUUAUUUCAUGUCAAUACACCACACCAGUUUCGCCUUUUUGUAUGGUAUUCAGUGGGGGAUCUAAGGGGGGCCCCAGGGGCCGUUUCCCCCCUCCCCCCAAAGAAAAACAUGUUUUUGCAACAGUUAUAUUUUAUUUAUUUCAUUUUUUUUUUUUACGGAACAUUUGUGGUCUUGGACCACGUCAUUGCUUCCUCCCUCCCAUGGAUUUUCUGGAUCUGCCACUGGUAUUCAUCCUGCAAAUAUGCCAGACUAGUGGAAUAUUUCAAGUGUUGUGAGUUUGGGUAUGUAGGAUCGGGUUUGUGGGGAAAUUCUUAUAAAAGAUCCCAGUCUUUGAGGACUAAAUGUACCAAUAACCAUGUUGAACACUAGACAACAGUUUAUAGGUACAGUACAGCAAACAUCCGGUCAACGUUCAAUGUAAGGUCAUAUGUCUGCCAUUGAUGAAAUGUGACAAGACUUGCUGUCAUAAGAUGUUUCAUCUGGCCGGUAAAUUGUAGUGAUUUAAUAAGGUUGACAACAGUAAUUUUUGGCACCCAUUUUUUUUGGCUUAGUACACAAUAAAUAAAACUUAAACAGCGUUGUUUGCUUGUGUUCAGUUGUUACUUCUGGCAUUGUUAAGAGGCACUUGUAGCUACCCACUAUGCUCCCCUACUAUCGGGCAAUAAAAUAUGAAGAAACUAUUAGAAAGUUCUAACAAAAUACUCAAAACAGAUAUCGUGGAUAGUGUGUUUUUUUAAUGUCAAAAGCAUAUCAAAUACAAAGGUUAGCUGCAUUGUACAAUAUGGCACAAUAACUAAUGAAACGAGCAAUAUAUUUACAUCACAUAAUACACAUAUAUAAACUAACACGUAAGUAGAUCCAGGGGGAUUCCUGGAAACCAUUUUACCUACAUGACUUCACAGGAAAGGCAUGCUUGAACAUUUUAAUGAAAGAAGGUGGGUUUUUUUAGCAGGUUUUCUCUCUUUCCUAACCCCGUGUAAAAUUAACCAUAUAUUACAACACCAAACAGUAGUUUAAAAUGCUGACAUGACAAUUUUUUUUUGUAAAAGUAGCACAGCAAAUUGCAGACUCCCCGCACCACCACCCUCAUAUAUCUGGCCCAAGAAUCCCUCCAGAUGUACGUUAAAAUAAACCACUGUAUUAAAUAAAUUUGUAUUCUUAUUAAAGCUACAUACAAGUAAAAAAAACACAAAAUUAAAUAAAAAAUAUACACAGAUCUCAAUGAAAAGCCUCUAAUACACGAGAUACCGUAUUCUUCCAUAAAUAGACCAAUACUGUACAGUGGCGUAGGAAGGUGCCAAAAAGUGGUUGGGGGGGGGGGGGGGGGGGGCACACUUUUAUAUUUACACUUUUA